AUGAUUUCCACAUUACUUGGGGAAUCUGUGGCAAUAUUAGUUGACAGUCAUGUGGAGGAGUUAUUAAUCAAGCCUCUGCCAAGUGGACAUGUUUAUUUUCAUUUUCAAUUCACAACAAAAUGGGAUGAAAGUUUGGAUCAACCGGAUUCAUUCAAACACUAUGGUUUAUUUCCAAAGUCACUUGGUGAUGUUUUAACGACAUAUAAAGUACAAGAACUUCAUCUAUCACAAACCCAAGGUUUAUGGCAUCAUGAUAAAUGGGGAUAUCCUGUAACAAGUGCUCCACCUGGUGCAGAAUUGUGGGUUUGGUUUCAGCCAACCAUUACAAACAUAGAUGAAACCUGGUCAGAAUUAGUGAAUGCUUUAUCAGGCCACUUUUGUUCUUCUUUGAAUUUCCUUGAUUCCAAAUCAACAGUUGCACCAAGAUGGUCAUUCCGACCACAUGGAGUGGCUUCUGAGGGUUAUUCUAGUUUCUCUAGAUUUAUCAGAUAUGGUGCAUUACCACGAGAAAUCGUCUGUACAGAAAAUCUUACUCCUUGGAAAAAACUAUUACCCUGUAAUACAAAGGUUGGAUUGGGAAGUUUAUUUAAAGCAAUUAAACUCUAUGAUGCUAAUUAUCAUUCCCUUGGUUUACAUGUGAGACCAGUUUGUAGAAAUUCUGAGUGUAAGGAAACAAGUAUUGAACUAAGUCAAAGUUUAUCAGUUGUAUUUGAUCCAGUAACCAGCAAUUGGAGUUUAAAGAAAAUAUUUGGUGAUUUCCUGUCAAGUCGUUGUCCUUUAACAACUUCCAGUAAAAUAUUUGUAGAUAUCACUAGUAAUUUACCUGAUCCUAUAUUUACUCUGUCACCUGAAGCUGAUAGUAUAAAGACAGUUAAACGAGGUGAUGAUACUAGACAAUAUGCAGUAUAUGAUAUAGGUCUACAGACAGCUAAUGGUCGUGUAUUUAAUAUAGCUAGUAGAUAUGAUAAACCACUAGAGUACACUGAUAUAGUUAAACCACCUGUUUCUGCCCAAAGAUUUAUAACAGGUUAUGGUUUAGAGAAGGGUGGUGUAACUAGUUUGAUUUAUAAUAAUUUAGAUAGUAAUUUAACAGUUAUCUAUAUGGAAACUUUACCAUGGUUUACUAGGUUCUUUUAUAAAUCUUUAACAUUAUCAAAUCAAGGAACACUGGUACAACCUUAUAAAAUUAAUUAUAUACCUGGUAAAGAUAGAGGCAGACCUUAUCAUCUUGAAAUAGUUUUUAGAUUACGAGCCAACUCUGUCACUAAAAUUAGCUAUGAUUUUGAGAGAGCAUUUUUAAAAUGGACAGAAUAUCCUCCAGAUGCUAAUCAUGGUUUUUAUAUUGGUUCAGCUAUACUAUCUACUGUAUUACCUACAUCAGUCAACUAUACCACACCUCCCCAGUAUUCUACUGUUCUAGAAAAUAGUUUUAAAGAUGAUUCAGAGAGUUACUUCUUACGAUUACAUACAGAGACAUUAUUAGUUUCCCUACCAACUCCAGACUUUAGUAUGCCUUAUAAUGUGAUAUGUUUAGCGUGCACUGUUGUAGCUAUUGCUUUUGGAUCUAUACAUAAUUUAACAACUAGACGCUUUACUCUACUAGAUCCAUCCAAGAAAAAAGGAAUUUUAGCUAAAAUAAAAGGAUUGUUUAAGAGAUCAUGA